AAUCUAAAUAACAAAUCUAACCAAAAGUUGUGAAGAAUCUUAUUAAUGAAUUAAUCAUGAAGAAUUUGAAGAAAUUAAGUCCUUUAUUUUACAUGGUAUGUAAUAGAUCAAUUCACUAUUUACCAAAAUUUAAUGGACAUUCUAACAAAUUAAUUGUCAAUGAUAAUUAUUUUAAUGGACAAAAUAUUAUUUUGAAAUCCAACAAUAUUAACAAUAGUCAAUGUAAAUAUUUGUCAAUAAUUAAUGUACUUAAUAAUAAAACUGGCAAAAAACCGAAAAAAUUAUCAAAAGAACAAAUUUCUAAAGUGAAACUCGAUUUACGUGAAGUUGAUCAAUUUUUGAAUUCAGAGAUAAUAAUAAUUGAAAUGAAAAAUAUUGUUGAACAUAUGAAAAGUGAUUUUAGAAAAAAUUUAACAAUACGUACAAAUAUUGGUUCAAUUGAAGAAUUAAUUGUUGAUUUUGAAGGGAAAAAAUAUCAAUUACAAGAAUUAGUGCAAAUUGCAAGAAAAACAAAUUUUGUUAUUAUUAAUGCAAUUGCAUUUCCACAAGCAAUACCACAAAUUCUUGAAACAAUUAAUAAAAGUGGAAUGAAUUUAAAUCCACAACAGGAUGGCACUAAAAUUUCCAUGCCACUUCCAAAAGUCACCAAAGAUCAUAGAGAAGAAUUGUCCAAAAGUGCAAAAGCAAUGUUUAUUAAAUGUCGAAAUAAUAUUAAAGCAGUUGGUAAUAAACAUCUUAAAUCAUUAGAAGAUGAUAAACACAUCACAAAGGAAAUAAAUAAUAGAUUAAAACACAACAUUGAUAUGUUAGCCGAGAAGCACAUACAAGAAGCGGAAGAUAUAUUUAAUUCUAAAAAUACAGAAUUAUUGGGCUCCUAAAUAAAACCGUUAGUAUUUAA